AUGUCGGACAUGAGCACGGAUUAUCCAUAUUGCAAUUGCGGGAAAAGAGCUGAAAUCCGAACUUCGUGGAAAACUCCCAAUUGUGGAAAAAGAUUUUUCUCGUGCCUCUAUUGGAAUGCAGGUGGAUGCAAGUUUUUUGGAUGGGUCGAUCCUCCUCUUUGUGCCCGUGCUCAACAAAUAAUUCCUGGGUUGCUCAAGAGAUUGAAUGAAAUGGAAGAAUCAAGAAAGAGGCAUGAGACUGAAAAACUGAGGUUCUGA